AUGCAGUAUAUCUCGGGAGGAGCCGUGGUCCAUGAUGCAUCCGGGCGUCAACGGAUCCUUCAGAUGGACGAGGUAGCCCAGCUCUAUCUUCAAUUGACAGACGAACUGUCGGCUGCGACUAUCUGGUCUCGGACACUGACCACUCGACUACGGGCAGAGGCGGCGCUCAAUCAGGGAAAUUGCAGGGCUGCGGUGGUCGAAUAUCAUGACGCCUUGAAGAUGCUCGAAACCACACCGGCGCUGGAUGUCGAUAAGCUAUCACGGGCGGCCAUGUUGCACUCAAUGGGCCGGGCUUACCGCAAUCUCGAUAUGCCCGCCGAAUCGGAAGCAUGUUAUCUGGAGUCGCUGGGUCUCUAUAAGCGCACACUAGGACGAGACAGCCAGAAAAACUACGCCGUUCUCCACGACCUCGGAGCCCUCUGCGAGAGAGAUGGAUAUGUCACCGAAGCCGCCGCGUUAUAUGAGCGCUCAUUCGCCGGACGACUGAAAACUCUGGGUAACAACGCCCCCGAAACGCUGGGGAGCAUGCAGGAUCUUGCUUCGCUCAAGGUUUCGCUGGGGGACCUCGAGUCGGCGCGGCUUCUCCUUGAAAAGGCCGUCCCGGCUCUCGACACCGUCUUUGGGCUGCAGAACGCAACGACAUUGAACGCCAUGAACCAGCUCUCCCUUCUCUAUCAGAAGCUCGGGCUGGACAAAGAGUCCCGCACAAUCUGUAGCCGGACCAUCCCUCACUGCCGGACCUUCUUCGGCAUCACUAGCCCUAUCACUCGGGACGCCGUCGUGCGCUACCUCCAGAGCUCUGACAACUUUGACUUUCCUGCCGACAUCCAAGACAUCCUCGAUCAGUACCAGAAGUCUCGCGAUCCGGACGCCCUCCGUGUCAUCCACCGUCUCGGCCGAUCAUACAUGGACGCAGGUCUCAACCGGGACGCGGCAGACCUUUUCGAGGCCUUGGUCGAGGACUUUCUCGCCGUGAGUGGACCAGAAGCCCAGGAGACGUUCGACGCUCUCAGUGCGCUGUGCGUGUCUCGAGAACACCUCGAUUCCAUCGACAAGGCGAUUCUGGCCUACAAGCAGCUCGUCCACAUGGCUGGCCGGACUCCUGAGCACCACCACUCGCGCAAGCGCAUCGCGUACGCCGAGAAGCGCAUCUCGGAACUGAAUUAUCGACGAGUCAUGCUGGCCGGAGAAAGGAAAGAAUGGAUGCUACAUGAGCCCGGGACCUGUGAGAACUGCGAAUGCACCACAACGGUUCUCUGCAACACCUGCAAGAUCUUCCGCUUCUGUAACGAAUCCUGCCACCAACUCGCCCAAGCCGCGCACUUCCCCUACUGCAUCCCCUCCGUCUCACUGCGCGAAUCCAAAUCCCUCGCCGUGAAGCCCAAAUGUCCAGCCUCCGCGCGCGACCAAGCCAUCUCCAAGAUCCGCCGCUUCAACGGCACCAGCGACAGCCACAAGUCCGUGACCAUCACCGCCAACUACACCUUCUACCUGGACCCGCGCAACUUCACGACCUUCCGCAUGCGCCUCAACACCACCUCCAACACCGUCAUCCUCUUCUCCCUCGACUCCGACAUCCAAUACACUACCAUCGACAACCCCCCGCUCGACCUCUCCCCCAGCGCGAACACCAACACCAACACGAGCACCUCCUCCCCCCUCUCCUCAACCACCACCACCACCUCCGCAACAGACCUGAAAGGCGUCCACUGGCUGUCGCCCGAUCGCCAGGAAGCCAUCUGCUACGAGCCCGGCGACGCGUCGGCCACGCAGUCGCGGUACGUGCUCGUCACGCCCGGCCGCGAGAUGCUCAAGACGCUCAUCGAUAAGCGCAUCGGGGUGCGCAGUGGCGGUGGCGACGCGGAUCGCUUCAGGGGCCUCGAGUUGCCGGAUAGCGAGUUGAUGGAAUAUGCGCAGGGUUUGCUCUUGACGGGGUACCUUGGGGAGGCGUUUAUGUAUGUUAUUGAGUGGGUGUGGAAGUGA